AUGAAUUACAAUGGCCAGGGACAGGGACAACAACAGCAGAAUAGAGACCCGAACCGCCUUCAUCUGAAUUUCGGCCCACAGGAUCGCAACUUCGCUCCAGACCAGGGACGCGCCUUCCCUACGACCCCUUCUACCUUUCCUCAGCCCGUUUUUCCAAAUCAGGCCGGUCAACAAGAAGUAUGGGGAGCACAACAGAAUAUGCCUGGGUACGGUCAGGGAUUUUUUGGUGGUGGCGGUUAUCCGUCACAGUACCAGCAACCUGCUAACCUCCAGCAACCUGGAGCUGCCUACCGUGGCGCUGGUGGAUACCACGAGCAGGCGAAUGGUCUGGCUCAUCAAUUGUCGAAUCAACACCUCGGUGGAGCUGCACGAUCAGGCAGUCCGUACGGACGACAGCCUUCACCGAGUAGCCAGCGACCGAGGACUGCUGGUGCGACUGGACAGCAACAAUAUGGCGGCUACAUGGGCUCGCAGUUUCCCAUGCCCCGCCAGCCUUCAGUCUACGAUGAAACGCCUCCGGAUAAGAGCAAUGAGAAAUACGGGGAUAACAUUGUGCGUCAAGCAAAAGUCUCUACUGGCCUCGUCAGCACCUUCUUCAAAGACAGCGUGCAGCGCGCGCGUGAUCGUAACCAAAGAGCUCUGGAGCUCGAACAUAUUAUGAAAGAGCCGAGCAUCAGCAGCAACAGGAAAGAGUCGAAACGUCUCGCGAUGAAGCAGGCCGAAUCUGACUUUCUGCGUUUCCUUCGCACAAAGGAGAAGCCUGAGAAUUUCCAAACCCUGAAAAUCAUUGGCAAGGGUGCAUUCGGUGAGGUCAAGCUUGUGCAGCGUCGAAACGACGGCAAAGUCUACGCCCUGAAAUCACUUGUCAAAUCCGAGAUGUUCAAGAAAGAGCAACUGGCUCAUGUACGCUCUGAACGUGAUAUCCUUGCUGAAUCUGAUAGUCCCUGGGUCGUGAAGCUUCACACCACUUUCCAGGACAACACAUUCCUGUACAUGCUUAUGGAGUUCCUCCCUGGUGGUGAUCUCAUGACUAUGCUUAUCAAGUAUGAAGUCUUCACGGAAGAUAUAACUCGAUUCUAUAUGGCUGAAAUUGCUUUGGCUAUAGAAGCUGUUCAUAAGCUUGGCUUUAUACAUCGUGAUAUCAAACCAGACAAUAUCCUACUUGAUAGAGGAGGUCACAUCAAGCUCACUGAUUUUGGUCUGUCUACAGGAUUUCACAAAGAACAUGAUGCUGGGUAUUAUAAAACCUUGAUGACAGGCGCUGGAGCACACAAGUCAGCACGCGAUAACCGAAACUCCAUGAAUCUGGACCAGAUCCAGCUGACCGUCUCAAAUCGGACGCAGAUCAAUACUUGGCGCAAGUCGAGGCGACAGCUUGCAUAUUCGACGGUCGGAACUCCCGAUUAUAUUGCACCUGAAAUUUUCAGUGGCAAUGGAUACGAUUUUGGCUGCGAUUGGUGGUCUGUUGGCACUAUCAUGUUCGAGUGCUUGGUUGGCUGGCCACCUUUCUGUGCGGAAGAGCCACCAGACACGUAUCGCAAGAUCGUCGAAUGGCAAAGAUAUCUUUCUUUUCCUCCCGAUUGCAAAUUAAGUCCAGAUGCUCUCGACUUUAUUCGAAGGCUUAUUUGCGCAGCCGAUGAUCGUCUUGGGCGUAUCGGUGGUGCCCACGAAAUCAAGCAACACCCUUUCUUCCGUGGCGUGCAAUGGGACGGCUUACGACGCAUUCGCGCGCCUUUCGAGCCCAAGUUACAGUCCGCCAUUGACACGCAGUACUUUCCCAUCGACGAGAUCGAUCAGAAUGACACCAGCGCGGUCCUCCGCGCACAGACUGCGCAGCAAGGUGAGGAUGCGGCCGCCGAGAUGAACCUGCCGUUUAUUGGAUACACCUACAAGCGAUUUGAUGCAUUCAGGGGAUCCUAG